GCCUGACGGUUGUAUUUCCGGGUUGGUUUGAGCAGCGGAGAGUGAAGAUGAUCAGAGUGAUCAAUAAUCAAUAAUCAGCUGUCUGUCCGAGCGCCUGCGUGACGUCACCAUGGCCAAACAGCUGAUCAUCGCAGACGAUGAGGAGGUGCAGUCGGAGGAGAUGAACCCGUUCUCCUUCAGAGAAUUCCUACGCUGGAAGAACCAGGACCAGGACCAGGACCAGGAUCAGGACCAGGACCAGGAUCAGGACCAGGACCAGGAGGAGGACCAGGACCAGAACCAGGACCAGGAGGAGACUUACAGGAAGGUCGGCAGCUCUCUGACCUUUGACCCUGAACACAGCAGCUGUUUCUUCCCUGAACCCUCACUCUGCCAGCAGGAGGGUGAGGAGGCUUGGGGGCGGAGCUUCCUGCCAGGUGAAGAGGAGGAGACCAGAUUCUCAUCCAGACCUGAAGAUCAGCUGACUGAAGAUCAGCUGACAGGAGACAACUAUGAAGGAGACGAUGAGACGUCCAUCACAGAACCAAUCAGCAGCAGGAGGAGGAAGAGCCUCCUGCAACAGCUGCAGGAGGAGAACGUGUCUCUGAGGUCGUCCCUCGUGGAGCAGCAGCAGAGGGUGGAGGCGCUGUCGGAGGAGCUGCAGCAGAGGAGGCGCCAGGAGGAGAAGGAGGCGCAGCAGAGGAGGCGCCAGGAGGAGAAGGAGGCGCAGAAGAGGAGGCGCCAGGAGGAGAAGGAGGCGCAGGACCUGGAGAGCAUGGUUCACUCUGUGGAGCAGAACCUGGGCCUGAUGACGAAGCGUGCGGUGCGAGCGGAGAGCAGCGUCUCCAAACUGAAACUGGAGCUGCAGAAACUGCAGGCUCAGGUGGACUCUCUGCAGAAGGAGAACGACAGUCUGAAGUCAGCUGAUUCUCAGGUCGUCAUGACGAUGAGACAAAACGCUCAGAUGGCCUCCGAGUACCUGACGAAGACGCUAACGCUAGCCCACUCCUCCAUCCGCCAGCUGUUGGGUGAGACAGAAACUCUACAUCUGGUGUCCCAGCUUCUUCUCUCCAUUGAUAAAAUGUCCGAGCUGAACACGGAGCCCUGAACGCCUCGUCUGUGACGGACAGGAGGACGCGUCGUCGUGGAAACGGCCUACGAGGAGGUCACCUGACCUCUGAUGACAUCACAACAGCCUGAGUGGAUUCCGGCUUCUGAUUGGCCGGUUGGACUGAAGACAGAUUUAUCUUUGAUGUUUUUUACUCUUUAAUAUCAGAAGUUUGAUCUUUAAACUCGUUCGUUUCUAAUAAAUGAACUAUCGAUAACUAUCUCCAUGGCAACAGAAACAGGUUGUUGCCUUCUGAUUGGCUCUUUACCGGUCAGCUGACAUGAACUCACCUAUCAGAUCCCAAUAAUCAAUAAUCACUUCUAACAGAGUACACACAGAAACGCUCAGUCUGCCUCGCUGCAGUACAGUGAGGAGGAGGAGGAAG